AUGAAGACAAAAGAGGAUGCAUCAACUGCCGGCGCGCCGGCUAUGCAUAUUCUCAGCUUUCGGCCUCAGAAAGGCACACUCCAAGAACGGCGUUACCGACGACAGACCGCUCACCAGAAAUCUCGAAAUGGGUGUCUUCGAUGUAAAGCGAGGCGCGUAAAGUGUGAUGAAGCUAAGCCACGCUGCGCUCGAUGCCUCAAGACGAAGACUCAUUGCGAGUAUAGCCCAGCAGUUGAGAAGCCUAGCAUUGACCAAAGCAUACCUUUAAUACUCCUUCAGAAUCAUUCCCCGGGUAUCGAGACACAUGUUCUGAUUCGUCAGUUUCAUAUUGUUUUCCCUCAAUUGACACGAGGAACCGCCAACACGAGCUCGGUACUCGCAUUCGCCUUGCAGGAUCACCACACCUUCUUGCUUAGGGCUGCGCUGGCUGUUUCUGCAUCUCAUCUUCGUUACCAUUCUAUGAGCAAGAAUAAAUAUCGAGCGUCUGAAAACUGGCAGCAGAUGCAAGCCAUCACCGGUUUCAAUACAGCCUUAACAACGGCAAAGCUCAAUCAAAGCCUCGCGGAUGCACUUGUUCUAACAAGCGUGUUGAUCAAUGUUCUCACAUUUUCUUGUGUAGAAGACUACAAUAAUAUUCGUUCAAGUUGGCUAUUCGCAGGCAAUGCGCAACUGUCUUGGUUCUCUGUCAACCUUGGGCUCAAGGCCCUGAUACAGCGCACGACAGAAUACCAACAACACUCAAUAUUAGAAUGGAUGUACACAUCAUCGGACGACGAAAGCUGUACUUUUUAUGGUACAAAUGAGCAUUUAGAUAUAAUACCUGACCACUGGAAAGAGUUCUUGGGCUUGGAAUACUCUAGUAGAUCGGCCAUUCUCAGCGAACCCGCGAGGUUUUUGGCUGCUAUACGAACCAUCGAGCCUACACCUGAAUCUCAUCCCCUAUAUCUCAACUUCAUGGGCUCUAUUGACACAAAUUUUCAAUUUCGCAAUCUACUUCUUAGAAGGGAUUCGCGUGCCGUAUGGCUACUCGGGUAUUGGAUGGGUCUACUCUGUCGGCUUGACUGUUGGUGGACGGAAGGGCGAGCGCGUUUGGAGUGGCAAGCUACUUGUGUUUGGAUGCAGCUUCAGCUGACGAGUCUUGAUCAAAGUUGCGAUCGACCUCUGUGCUCUAGAAUGAUGGAUGAACUACACGCAGCCAAUGUUUGGGACAUUGGACUUGGGUAGACAGUAUAGGAACCCAGUCUCAAGCCUCUAUGGCCAUUCCACGCUGAUCGAGAUUGAAUAUAUUCAUAUGAUAAUAUUCUGUGGUUAAUCAGUUUAUCCGCCCAGGGCAACCAUACUGAGGUAAACCCCCCAAAGAACUCCAACAAUACAGCC